GCGUGCAUAAUGUAUUAAAGAGGGGGAGAGAGAGAGCGCGAGACAGAGAAAAGAGCAGGCUUCAGCACAUACGCAGCAAAAAUUCACACACCUGGAGAGAGGUUUGUUCAUUAAAGCUCUCUGAGUUGCAUUAAAUUCCACCAUGUACAUUAAAUUUUGUAAUUUCGGGCCCUACGCGGAUGUGAAAGUGUCUGGAGACUCGAAGGAGGAACCGACCCCAGAUGUUUACAGGAGAGUUUGUCUGUACAAGAGGAUUUCCGCUGUUUUCACCAUUCUCUCUGUGCUCUUACUGGCUGUGGUUUUGGCUCUGGCUAUGAAGUUAUAUGAAGUUCAGUCCAUCCAGAAGUGUCCAGAGAGACCUGAAGCUGAAGAACCUGAAGAAUUGAACUGUAGCCGCGAGCUAUGUCAGGACCUGUACCCCUCAACACAGGCUGUCCAUAACCCUGGGUAUCAGUGCUCUGAGUGUGGGAAGGGCUGGGUGAGGUUUGACAACUCCUGCUUCUUCAUAUCUAAGGAGCGUCUAAGCUGGCAGGAGAGCAGAGAGACAUGUCAGAAACAUGGUGGAGACCUGGUUGUCAUCAGAAAUGAAUAUGUGCAGAAACUUCUAACUGAGAGUGGGGGCAUGCUGUACUGGAUUGGGCUCCGUUAUUCAGAAAAGCAGCAGUGGAUGUGGGUUAACAAUACUGCACUAACCAAGAGCUACUGGGCCCAUGGCCAGCCAGAGCCAGACACUCAAGGCUCCUGUGCACUGCUAAGAGGACAGAGGGCACCCAUGAACAAUUGGUAUUCAAACCCCUGUGUGGUGUCCUCAAAUUACAUCUGCCAGAGAGGUUAAAAGUGGAGAAUGAUCAACCAUCACCAUCACAUACAUCUGCUACAUUUGCCUUUAAUAUCAUCAUUUUACUCUUUUACUUACCUUUUGCAAAAGCAGUUCAUAAAUAUUAACAAAUACAUGAAUGGAACAUUAAACAAUCCUGCUACGUGAUGCACAUAGCAUAGUGACUGUCUGCUUAUUUUAGUCGUAAAUUGUAAUCCUUUUAAUUGCACUGCUACAAAAUUACUUUGCACUAAGACCUUAUUUCUUUGCACUAAGACCUUAUUCACACUAAAACAUACAAUGGGUAUGAAAAUUCUACAUACCCCUGUUAAAACAGCAGGUAUUUAUGAUGUAAAAAAUGAAAAAAAGAUAAAUCAUAUCAGAACAUUUCCACCUUUAAUGUAAAAAUGACAACCUAUACAAUACCACGUUUCAGAGAAGAAAUAAAAAAAACUUAAUCUAAUAAUUUAAUCUAAGAAUAAUCUAAUUGCAGAAGUGUGCACACCCUUUUUAUAAUUGGGUACGUGGCUGUGAUCAACCAAUCAUCAAGCUCAUUUGCACUAGUAGUUAGUACAUACCUGUCUUCAACUGAAGUGACUCUGAUUAACGCCAAAUAAAUCUCAGCUGUUUGUAGGAUUUUUCUGACAUCGUCUUGGUUGCAUCCUACUGCAAGAGCCAUGGGCCACGAAGAGCUUACAAAAUAUCAACAGGAUCUCAUUGUUCAAAGGUAUCACUCAGGAGAGGGCUACAGAACAAUUUCCAAGGCAAUUUCCAAGGCAGGGAGAAAAUAUGGUACAACAGUGACAUUACCAAGAACAGGCCUUCCCUCCAAAACUGAUGAGAAGACAAAGAAAACUGGUCAGGGAGGGUGUUAAGACACCUACAGCAUCAUUAAAGGAGCUGCAGCUCUUUCUGGCAAGUACUGGUUGCUCCCUAUAUGUGACAACUAUCUUCUGUAUUCUUCAUCUGUCUGGGCUAUGGGCCAGGUGGCAAGACACAAGCCUUUUCUGAUGACAAAACAUCCAAGCCCAGCUAAAAUUUGCAAAAACAUAUAUCCAGUCUCCCAAAACUAUGUGGAAAAAUGUGUUGUGGUCUAAUGAGACCAGGAUUGAACCUUUUGGCCAUAAUAGUAAAAGAUACGUUUGGUGCAAAAACAACACAGCACAUCAGCAAAAGAACAACAUACCCACUGUGAAGCAUGGUGCUGGUAUUAUCAUGCUUUGGGGCUGCUUCAGAUGGAACUGGGGCUUUCGUGAACGUGGAGGGAAUCAUGAAUAGCUCCAAGUACCAGUCGAUUUUGGCACAAAACCUUCUAGCAUCUGCUAGAAAGCCAAAGAUGAAGAGGACUUUCACCUUUCAGCAUAACAGUUGAAAGGUGACCUGACCUGACCAACUGUCCUGAAUCCAACUAAAAAUCUGUGGGGGGACCUGAAGAGGGCUGUGCACAGGAGAUGCCCUCGCAAUGUGACAAAUCUGGAACAUUUUUGCAAAGAAGAGUGGGGUAAUAUUCCCAAGUCAAGAUGUGCCAAGCUGAUAGACCCUGAUAGUUUUUGAUUUUUAUAUUUUUUCUCUGAAAUGUGUCAGUUUGGUUUUCAGUGGCAUUGUACAGGUUGUAAUUUUUACAUUAAAAGGUGGAAAUGUUCUGAUAUGUUUUAUCUUUCUUUCAUUUUUUACCAGGUUAAAACCUGCUGUUUUAACAGCCUUUAACCUGCUUUUUAACCUGUAAAACCUGCUGUUUAACAGGUUAACACUUGCUAUUUUAACAGGGGUGUGUAGACUUUUUAUAUCCAUUGUAUGCAGAAUGUAUUAUGAAACUAAAUAUAUAUCUGUGUAUCUGUCUUUAAAAUAAGUAGUGAGAUGUCAUUGAGAUGUCAAUGAGUAUAAUUAGUGAUUAAGUAGAGAUGCCUUUACAGUGAUUCAAUUUAAAAUUCUACUGUUUUGUCUUCACUUUGUAAUGCACACUUUUUGCCCACACAGCUUCUGUCAUGUGAUUUUUUCACCGUAAAUUAGUAUUCAUUCAAUAAAAUGAUGAAAUGAU